AUGCAUAUGCAAUAUCUGUUCGUCAUUUUCCUGAUAACCCUGGAUGCGAUUUCAUCUCAAGGCCACCACGGUCUUUCUGAAGAAGAAUUACAAAAAUUUGAAGAAAUAAAAGCAACAAAAGAAUUUCAAAAAGCCAAAGAAAAAGUUAUAGAUUCAUUAUCAGAUAGAAUUGAUAAAUUUGUUCUGGAACAAUUUCGUAAAAAUCAAUAA